UCCAAUGGGAGCGGGCGGGCGGGCGCAGGCCCCGCCCCUGCCCCGCCCCGACCCCGCGCUCGCGGCUAUAAGAGCCCGAAGCUGCCGCGGAGCUCCAGCCUGCAAGCGCGAAGCCCACGGAGGAUCGGAGCAGACCGACCCGACCGGAGCCAGGAUGUGCGGAAUCUUCGCUUACAUGAACUACAGAGUCCCCCGGACAAGGAAGGAGAUUUUUGAGACCCUGAUUAAGGGUCUGCAGCGCCUUGAGUACAGAGGCUAUGACUCGGCAGGUGUGGCUAUCGAUGGGAACAAUCACGAAGUCAAAGAAAGACACAUCCAGCUAGUCAAGAAAAAGGGCAAAGUGAAAGCUCUGGAUGAAGAACUUUACAAACAAGACAGUAUGGACCUAAAGGUGGAGUUUGAGACGCACUUCGGCAUUGCCCACACGCGCUGGGCCACCCACGGUGUCCCCAGUGCUGUCAACAGCCACCCGCAGCGCUCAGACAAGGGCAACGAAUUUGUUGUCAUCCAUAAUGGGAUCAUCACAAAUUACAAAGAUCUGAGGAAAUUUCUGGAGAGCAAAGACUACGAAUUUGAGUCAGAAACAGACACAGAGGCCAUCGCCAAGCUGAUUAAGUACGUGUUUGACAACAGGGAAACUGAGGACAUUACAUUCUCCACACUGGUCGAGAGAGUCAUUCAGCAGUUGGAAGGUGCGUUUGCGUUGGUCUUCAAGAGCAUCCACUACCCAGGAGAAGCUGUGGCCACAAGGAGAGGCAGCCCUCUGCUCAUCGGAGUGCGGAGCAAGUACAAACUCUCCACAGAACAGAUCCCCGUCUUAUACAGAACAUGCAACAUUGAGAACGUGAAGAACAUCUGCACAACGAGGGUGAAGAGACUGGACAGCUCCACCUGCCUCCAUGCAGUGGGCGACAAAGCCGUGGAAUUCUUCUUUGCUUCAGAUGCAAGCGCCAUCAUAGAACACACCAACAGGGUCAUCUUCCUGGAGGACGAUGACAUUGCUGCAGUGGCUGAUGGGAAACUCUCCAUUCACCGAGUCACACGCUCAGCUAGCGAUGACCCAUCUCGAGCCAUCCAGACCUUGCAAAUGGAACUGCAGCAAAUCAUGAAAGGGAACUUCAGUGCAUUUAUGCAGAAGGAGAUCUUCGAACAGCCAGAAUCUGUCUUCAAUACCAUGAGAGGGCGGGUGAACUUCGAGACCAACACAGUGCUCCUGGGCGGCUUAAAGGACCACUUGAAGGAGAUCCGCCGGUGCCGAAGGCUCAUCGUGAUUGGCUGCGGAACCAGCUACCACGCCGCUGUGGCUACACGACAAGUGCUGGAGGAGCUGACUGAGCUGCCUGUGAUGGUUGAACUUGCCAGUGACUUUCUGGACAGGAACACACCUGUGUUCAGGGAUGACGUUUGCUUCUUCAUCAGCCAGUCUGGCGAGACCGCGGACACGCUCCUGGCGCUGCGCUACUGCAAGGACCGCCGCGCGCUCACCGUGGGCGUCACCAACACCGUGGGCAGCUCCAUCUCGCGCGAGACCGACUGCGGCGUCCACAUCAACGCGGGCCCGGAGAUCGGCGUGGCCAGCACCAAGGCCUACACCAGCCAGUUCAUCGCCCUCGUGAUGUUCGGCCUGAUGAUGUCCGAAGACCGAAUUUCACUGCAGAACCGGAGGCGGGAGAUCAUCCGCGGCAUGCAGUCCCUACCCGAGCUCAUCAAGGAGGUGCUGUCCCUGGAAGAGAAGAUCCACGACCUGGCGCUGGAGCUCUACACGCAGAGGUCCCUGCUGGUGAUGGGCAGGGGGUAUAACUAUGCCACGUGUCUGGAAGGAGCCUUGAAAAUUAAGGAGAUAACCUACAUGCACUCGGAGGGCAUCCUGGCUGGGGAGCUGAAGCACGGGCCCCUGGCCCUGGUUGACAAGCAGAUGCCGGUCAUCAUGGUCGUCAUGAAGGACCCCUGUUUUACCAAGUGCCAGAAUGCUCUGCAGCAGGUCACGGCCCGCCAGGGCCGCCCGAUUAUACUGUGCAGCAAGGACGACACUGAAAGUUCUAAAUUUGCAUAUAAAACCAUCGAGCUGCCCCACACAGUGGACUGCCUCCAGGGCAUCCUGAGCGUGAUCCCACUGCAGCUUCUCUCCUUCCACCUGGCUGUGCUCCGAGGAUAUGACGUUGACUUCCCCAGAAAUCUGGCCAAGUCUGUCACGGUGGAGUGAGAAUCACCACCUUCAGUCUGCUUCGAGACCUGUCAUGCAGCGGAUGCCACAAGUGGGCACGCCCCAGUGCCACGUGUCCCCAGUACAGCUUGACAGCUUCAACGUGCCUUGUACCCAAGUGCUUUUGCUUACAGCAGAUACUGUUUCUCUGUGUCCUGAAGUCACCCGAGGAGAAGGGAAUCAUUGUUUACACAUGGGGAUCAGAGCAGACUUUCCCACUGCUGUGCAAUAUACCGCUCUCAGAGUAACUGUGAACCUUUUUAAACCGACACUAGUUUUACAAAACAAAGUAUUUAUAAUGAUGAUUGUAUAGCUUUUAAGUUAUUUUUCUAGUAUGUGGCUUUCUGUAGCCAUGGUAACGCCCAGACUCUUCAUCUCAGCUACCCAGUGCACUGGUGCCGGGCUCACUCCUGGCGAGCGGCCCUCAUCUCAGACUGAGCACAAGGGAUCCAACCAUCUGGACUUCUCUCACCCUCCCCUCCUUGGGCUGCUCCUGGUUCCUGUGCUUUGAUGUCCCUGAAGCCCUCCUGCAUCUUCCUGUGCCUCCCACAAGUCCAGUUGAAAUUUCAGCUUCCUUCAAUAACUUUCUCCUAUUCUAGGGCCCAAAGCCCGGCAACUCUCUGACUUAGGUUUAAUCGGACAACGGUUCUCAAGCCUAAGUAGCAUUUUGGCCCCUGCUCCCUACCCAUAGUAAAACAGCUUGAAAUGGCCCAUGCAAGAGGGUAGUUUCAAGUGGGCUAUCCUGGUCUCUAUUUAAGUGUGCCCAAUCAAAGUACUACGCAAUUUUAUGACAAUAAAGAUAGUACAUUUGCA